AGUCAGAAGAGAGUGCACUAUAAAUGAGUGGCUCAACGUGCGAGCUCGGUGUCGACCGCGUUCAUCCCUCGCGGAUCUACUGCGAAACAAUUCAGUCUUCGCAUCUCAACACAGACCACGAUGUCUUCCGCCCCUCUUGUCCCGCCCUUCACCGAGGAGACAGCGCGAGCCAAAGUGAAGAUAGCGCAGAACCUCUGGAAUACGCGUGACCCGCAUACAGUCGCGAAGGCCUACACACCUGAUAGCAUCUGGCGCAACAGGGACCAGUUCUUCACGGGCCAUGACGCCAUCGUCGACUUCCUCACCAAGAAGUGGGAGAAGGAGAACGGGUACGUGCUGCGCAAGGAGCUCUUUGCGUGGACGGAGAACAAGAUAGCCGUUCAGUUCUGGUACGAAUACUACAUCGAUGGGCCAGACGGGAGGCAGUGGUACCGCUGCUACGGACUAGAGGACUGGACGUUCGCAGAGGAUGGGAGGAUGAAGAAGAGGCAGAUGAGUGGGAACGACGUGCCCAUCAAAGAGAGCGAGAAGUGGUAUCAUCAAGGGUGGACGCCGGAGCAGAUCGAUGCAGUAGCUAUCAGCGAAGCGCAUUGGUGAAGACUUUGCAAAGUCGCCUCCGAACCUGGAAGGUGGAAGAACGAAAGGAAGAUAACGCAGCUUGAUUAGCGUGUAGCUGCUCUUGUAUAAUUUGACAUCCAGAGUUCUUCUCCUUGGGUUUGUGACGCAGCGGUUUCUCUCAGCCACCAAUGAAAGCCCUUCAUCACUAGCCGCAGUACUACAGUUAUUUGGUCA